AUGGCCCGCCGUCCAGCCGACAAACCACAAGAGAAGGUGCCAGAAGACGAGCGCAAUGCGAUGUUUGACUCACUGCGAUAUUUCACCAAGGAGAAUCCUGAUAUGGACAAGUAUGACGAAUUCCUUCUUUUGUUUCAGACCAGACAGCCAGGGCUUUAUCGGAAACACAUGAAUGGCGAAGAGUACGGACCAAAAGACCUGAACGAUGAUGUGGUGCGUGGCAUCAACGCCAUCAUUUAUCAACGUGACACGGCCAAACACGUUGAUAUCCAUGUCCCACAGCAAGAGGUCACCGGGCAAAUGAAGGAGUUCAACGACAAGUACAUCGCGAGAUUGCCGCCGAUGAGAUGGAACGAACUGCAAGACAUCCUCCUGACAGUGGCUCCAAGAUUGCGAUUGUUAGACAAAGAGACGGCUCAAAAUGUCUCGCCUAGCAGCCUCCCCGACAACGUCAAUUUCAUGAUCAACAAGUACCUGAGAAAACACCUCUCCGAUGAUGUCAAGGAGGAGAUCCGACGUGAAGAAGAGGGUGAUAGGGAUGGAGAGGAGGGCGGCCUUGACAGUGUGGAGGGUGGUGAUGAUGCUGGAGACGAGAUGGACGUCGAUGGCUAG